UUUGAGCACUUCGCUCCAUCUUCACCCUCCAUAAUACCUGUAAAAGAAAACAGGCAGCUUCCUAGUAACACUGAGAGAUUGAGAGUGUUCGAAAAGACUCUCUCAGUGCCUGUGAUGCGAUUUUAUCUCUGUCUCUAUCCAUUGGGUCUUUCAAAAUCUAUCGGAUACUGAUGGGUCUGUGAUUCCAAGCUUGGAGACUGAAGAAGAGAAGGUUAAUGAUUCAUAAGUUCAUAUACAUCAAAACCUUCUUCUCCUAAGAUAAUGAUUCAGGAUUCAAGAAUACUUGUUGCACAACCUGUGGCCACAAAAGGUUGCAAUUUUCUCAUCAAGGGGACUCGAUUCAAUUUCUCCUGCGAUUCUUAAGAUAUUUCAAACCCUUUUAUACAUUUCAACAUCGUUCAUAUAGUGUAUUUGGGUGAGAGGCAGCAUGACGAUCCUGAGCUUGUCAGGGAAUCUCAUCAUCAAAUGUUGUGGUCACUUCUUAGAAGUAAAGAGGAUGCUCAUGAUUCAAUGGUGUACAGUUACCGACAUGGCUUCUCAAGAUUCCCAAGCUAAGAAGAUAGCAGCACCUUACAACGUCGAAAUUAGAAAAAAACGAGAGAUGGUGAAACGGGGCGGCACUAAGACGAAAGCUAGGAUGGAGAAGAUUGAGAAGAAAGAAUCAAAGGCGGUCACUCACUCCAAACGUCAUCAAGGACUCUUCAGCAAAGCCUCGCAACUAUGCCUUCUCUCCGGCGCACAGAUAGCCGUUUUGGCGACUCCUCCUUCUUCAGAGUCCAACGCCUCCUUCUACUCCUUCGGCCACUCUUCCGUGGACGCCGUCGUUUCUGCUUUUCUCUCGGGAAAUCGUCCUCCUCCUGUUGGGGAAGAGCCGAGAGAAGACGCUGGAAUAUGCUUGGCUCGCAAGCAUUUAGGGUUAGGGAUGUGGUGGGAGGACGAAGCUCUCGCUAGAUCGGAGAAUCCGCAAGAGUUGACGGAAGCUAUCAACUCCAUAUCGUUUCUGAUGACAAAAUUCAAGGAGUUGCGAAAGGGAGAAGCUUUCUGUCAACCUAAGAAUCAUCAAAGAGAUUUGAAGAGGGGCGAGGACGAGAAGAUCCCUGAUCAAACCCUAAUUCGUCAAUCCGAUUAUCCAAUUUCUCGCAUGGUCCCUGAUGAUAUCGUUGCAGUCCAUGAUGAUUCACCUUCGAUCACUGAAGAGCAGAGUGAGAUACUUGCGCUUUGUGACAGUUUCUGUGUUACAGAGGAGGAGGAGAACAACAACAUCAACAUGGACGACAGUGUUUUGACUGGAGGAAGCUUUGAUCAAGAGAUGGACUUUGAUUUCGAUACGGCUUUUGAUUCUUCCGCGUUCAAUGAAUGGCCCUUGGAGAGUAAUCCGAUACUUGAUGAUGAUGUCUCAACGGAUGCAAAUCUCAUCUCUGAUUUUCAAGCUUCUGAUGUCGACGAAGCUUUUGAUACUUCUGCAUUCCAGAAUUGGCUUUUCGAGAAGGAGACUAAGGGAGCGUUGGAUCAAGAUAAUCGACGCUUCUCUGAUUCGUUCAACACCAUUGCUGCUGUUUGAAGAAGAUAACAGAGAUUUCUAAUAUGUAAUGAACUGUUUGACAUCUUCGCUUUGUAUAUUAUUAAUGAUAACAUUUUGAGUUCUGUCUUAUGAUGUUUUGCAUUAGUUAGUUUCCAAAUCCAAAAUCAUCUCUUUUUAUGAAUCUAGAUACUCGGAGAAACAAC